AUGAGCAAUAAAGACAGAUACCAACCUACACCUAACCAACAGUUGCAACAGCGAAUACAGCAAGCACGACAACAAUUACAACAAUUGCAACAAGAAAUACAUGAAAGUGAGCGUCCAAAAGGAAGACCACCAGAUACUGCAAGAUUCAAAGGACUUCUAAUAAUGUUAACAAAACUCGCAAAUGUGGUUUAUGCAAUGAAAGUGGACAUAAUCGUACUACAUGUCCAAUGA